AUGGCCGACGUAAAAGCCAACGCCGAGGCCCUGGUGCCCAGAUUCAAGCUCGAGCACCAAGCAGGCCGCCGCACCUCCCUCCUCGGCACGAUCGACUCCAAACCCGCCCUGCUGAUCCUCGAACGCGCCCCCUUCCCGACAGACCCCUCCUUCCUCGCGGCGACGCCCUCGACCCUCUCCUCCAUCUCCAACCUCGGCGCGAACGACAUCUACCACUGGUACAUGGCCAACACGGGGGUCUCCUCCUCCGCUUCGCCGCCCGACCCGGCCCUCGCCGACCUCAAGAUCAACCUCAUCUACCCCUGCACCGAGGCGCACGUCAAAAAGUACAGCAAGCAGGGCGUGCGGCUCGUGACGGAGACGCCGCAGGUGUACGCCUCGGCCGUUCGGCCCUACAUGCAGCGCAAGCGCGACGAGGGCCGGCUGAACUGGGUCUUCAACAUCAUCGAGGGCCGCACCGAGGUCGAGGACGUCAUCUUCCGGACGGAGCUCGGCAAGGAGGGCGACGAGGGCUUCCUGCUCCUCCCGGACCUGAACUGGGACCGCAAGACGCUCGAGUCGCUGCACCUGCUGGGCCUCGUGGAGCGCCGCGACAUCUGGUCCCUGCGCGACCUGCGCAAGAAGCACAUCCCGUGGCUGCAGCACAUGAAGGCCAAGCUCCUCUCGGCCACGGUCACCAAGUACCCCGAGAUCGACGUGGACCAGCUGAAGCUCUACGUGCACUACCAGCCGACGUACUACCACUUCCACAUCCACAUCGUGCACGUGCAGCUCGAGGCGGGGGCGACGCAGGCGGUGGGCAAGGCGAUCGGGCUGGACAGCAUCAUGGAGACGCUGGAGAUCAUGAAGGGCGACGAGGAGGCGGGCAUGGAACAGAUUUCUCUUAGCUACACACUAGGGGAGGCGAGCGAGCUAUGGACCGAGGUGUACGAGCCGCUCAAGGGCUCGAGGUGCGGUACUGCUUCUCAAUAG